AUGAACGUUUCCCAUAAAUUCCGUCCAUUUAAUCAGUCCUCUCCGACAAAAAGUUCAGAGCGAGUGUACAUUAACUACAACUCGAAACAGUACGGAUCCUACGAGAGAAGCACAAAAGAUAGUCAGCUGACACAGUAUAAUGAAACUUGUCGGUUUUUUAAACCUUUUUUUUCAACUGGCAAAAUUUUUAAUGCCCACUUUUGGGGUUUGACCUCUUAUAGUAGUCGAAUUACUGGCCCCUUCAGUGACUAAAAUGAAGUGGCUUCUUGAGGAGUCUAAGUGGUACGACUAGACCAAUAAAAACUACUGUAGUAGUAACAGAUAGUGGCUUCUAUGGAGGUGAUUUUUAGAGGCCACUUUAGUGUCAUCUCCAAGUAGUCCUUGAGGAGACUCUUGAGAGACCAUUAGAGUUUUUUUCCCAGUAGAUAAAAAAAUUUUAAAAAAAUUUUACGCGCUUGAAAAGUAGUUUCUAAGAACCUCCUAUAGGGAGUCCUUUAAUUUUUCUCCUAUUAGGAAGUCCCCCUACAUUCCCUAUAGGUCCCACUAAGUUUCAAACUCCCUUCAGGACCAACUUCAGCUUCUCACAGAAGAAUUUUUUUAUUCGCAGCCGUUUCCCGCGCUACUAACAAAUUCAGCUUCUAUUCCUCUUUUUCAACAAUUUCUGAAUAAAGUAUACUUGAUGAGGAAUACUGAAUUUUUAUUAAAAUGAGACCAAAUUGCAGCCGGCGGGUUAAUAUCGGGCCUAACGCGCGACGAGAAGCGACUUCUGGAAACGUGUUGGUUCAAAUGUUCGACGAAGCAGAUUCGCAAAUGCUCGCAGGACAUUUUCUACGAAAUCCUACACACCGACGAAGAUUUGUUGAGAUUGUUUCGACUAGUAUGUUAUAAACUGUGUCUCUUGAAAUCUCUUAUUAGCUUAUUGAAAAUCCAUGAUUGCCUGAGGUUGCUUAGUAACACCAGAGUGGUGCCUAUAGGGGGCAUCCUAAGGGCCCUCUAGGGACCAAUUUACCUUCCAGUAUACUUUCAAGUAAAAAUAGGUGAAGUUGUACCUAAUUUAUUGUUGAUAUGGGCCAUGAAGCUUGCGAAAGUGGCCCCUUUAGGGGAGCUGCUAGUCGUUUAUUCUUAUGGAUUCUAUAAAAAGAAAAAUUUCCAUGCGAAGCGUCAUUUUUAUGAAAAAUAUUAACAGAGGAUGAAUUGAUCAAUUCUUUUCAUUCUUCAAUUCUGAAAAAAUCCCUUUAGAAAUCAUUCAGACCCUCACGCCUAUAGGGGUUUCUCUGAAGUUCCUUAGUGCGUCAAAGCGGUCAAUAUUGGAUUUAAACAUGCUCUAUAACUCAUCGCGCAAGUAGCCUCAAGUCUCGAAACAACUGCUAUUCUGCUAAUCAUUCCCCAUACUGAGAAAAGCUGAAGUGAGUCCUAUAGGGAGGAAAAAACUGGUUUUAAAGGGUCUCCUGUAGGGGUACUUCAAGUUUCUCCCUUCAGGACGUCAUAUCACGAUGCUUAUAGGAGCUCAAACUCCCUAUAGGACCCACCACAGCUUUUCUCAGUUACAUGUCGUACGUUUCGACAUAUUGUGGCCUGUAGGAACUGGAAAAUUAAAGAAAUUUCCAGCAAAAAAUCAAUUCGAAUCUCAAAAUGACUUUCGCUCUACAUGUAGUUUUGAUAUACUUUUACUGCGCUAAAUGUAUCAAUUUUCAACCAGAAGAAAUAUAGGACCAUGUGCCGACGAACAAGCUCAAAGACAACGAUUAUUUCCGACGACACUCGGCAAAUUUGGCUCUAGUCCUUAAUUUGGUGGUGACGAGUCUUGAAGAGAAUUUGGAACAAGCUCACGACGCGUUACAGGUGAGCUUCUUGAAGUUCAGAGAAUAAAAGGUGUGUUUUCAAAAAUUCGAAAGAGGAGUGAAAAAAUUCUGGGGGAACGCUUAGUGGCCCCUUUAGCGUUUCAAAGUUGCAGUGGACUUUAUAGUAGUCGAUUAGGUGGCCUCUUAAGUGACUGAAAUUCAGUGGCCUCUUUAGGAGAUACUUCUAAACUAGUAAAAGUACUAUUGUGGCCAUUGCGACUUCUAUAGAGGAGGUUUCAGUGGCUUUUUUAAUGUCCUCUCCAAUUAGUACUUAAGAAACCACUUCAAUACUGAAAUUAAGGCUCUCGGGCAGCAGCACGUAAGCUUGUUCGAUAAAACAGCGUUCCAAUCAAUGUACUGGGAUAUUUUCACCGACUGUUUUGAACGGAACCCGCCGCCAUCGUUUCGGAAAGGUCCAGAACGAGAGGUGACUAUAUUUACAGCGAGAGGAUCGAUGAGUCGGAAUUUUCUUUUCUAUGCGAACAAGUAAGAAAGCAGCUGUGUAACCUGCCUUCGUUAGCUUGUGACGCAAAAAUUGAAAAGAACUCUUAACCUUCAAUAUUUCUAAUCAAAAGCAAGACGCUUUUCUUGAAAAUCUGAGCCCGAAAAACUUGAUUUCCAAAAAAAAAUUUUUUUUUUUUACAAAAAAUUGCAAUGUACGGUCGUUCUGAUUUUCAAAAAAAGGAAACGGCUUAAUGAGAAAAGCUGAAGUGAGUCCUAAAGGGUGUUUGAGAUUUAGUGGGUCCUAUAGGGAGUGUAUUAGCCUUUCAAAAUUUAAAGGAAGAAGCUUGAAGUACCCCCUAUAGGAGGCCCUUCAAAACCACUAACCCUAUAUAGGGUUCUAGAUGAGUAUUCAGGAAGUCUUAUAGGGGCGAAGAAGGGGACCUUUAGAGUACCUCCGUAGGGUUUUUUUUUGUAUCCCUACAAGACUCACUGCAGCUUUUCUCCGUAUUAUCGAUGGAGGAAACAUUGCAAUUUUCAUUUUUCCAGCUACCCAGCGACGAAAAAAGUGCUUAAAAUCAUUUUUUAACAAGUUUUGUUAUUUACCGAGUUACAGAGCCCUUCCGGGAAGCUUCCCUUCUAUAAAUGUCCAUGCGCCUUUAAUUUAGCCCAUAAAUUCCCGUUUAACUGUCAGGCCUAAAAUUUCCGUUUUAUUAAAGGCGCAUGUACACAGGCAGGCAACUCGCAUUGGAGCGAAGAGCUCUAAAGCUCGUAGAAGAAAAAAACCCGUGACAAGAUGCCGCGGAUUGAAUUCAAAUCAGAACGGAAGUCAUCUUUCAGGCUUGGAGCCGAAUGAUACUGUUCAUAAUUGCUCAAAUGAAGGACGGAUACCAGAAAGCCGCCCACGAAAAGCGUGUCGACCGCCUCAGUGUCCCCCAUUUUGCUUGA